UUUUUCCAUACCGCGUUUGUGCUUCUGCUCUCUCGCUCUCUUGGCAUCAGUUCGAACUCAGAUUUUGAAUCGAAUACACUCGAACGUCGAACGAAAAAAAAAACAACACACAACACCACUGCGCUUGGCUAGUUCUCGUAUACUCUACGAUUUGAAUAAAGUUAAUUUGAGUUUGCUUGUUGUUCGUUCGAUAGAAUAAUGGAGACGAAAAUCAAAUUCUACAACGGCAAUGAAAUCUAUGCUUUCGGCUUGGGAACGUGGAAGUCCAAGCCCGGCGAAGUGACACAGGCCGUGAAGGACGCGAUCGACAUCGGCUACCGACACAUCGACUGCGCCCACGUCUACGGCAACGAGAAGGAGGUCGGCGAGGCCAUCGCCGCGAAGGUCGCCGAGGGCGUCGUCAAGCGCCAGGACCUCUUCGUCACGAGCAAGCUCUGGAACACGUAUCACAAGCGCGAGCUCGUCGAGAUCAAUCUGCGCAAGACCCUCGGCGAUCUCGGCCUCGAGUAUCUCGAUCUCUACCUGAUCCACUGGCCGAUCGCCUACAAGGACGGGCCGGAAAAUUUCCCGAGGGACGCCGCGGGUAGCAUUGUUCUCGCGCCCGAGGUCGACUAUCUGGACACGUGGAAGGGUAUGGAGGAUGUUCUCGCCAAGGGUCUGGUCAAGAACAUCGGCGUGAGCAACUUCAAUUCCGAGCAGCUCGAGAGGCUCAUUAAGAAUUCUAAGGUCAAGCCGGUGACCAACCAGAUCGAAUGUCACGCCUACUUGAAUCAACGAAAACUGUCGGAGUUCUGCAAAUCGAAGAACAUCGUCAUAACCGCUUACAGCCCACUCGGCUCGCCGGACAGACCGUGGGCCAAACCCGACGAUCCUAAGCUCAUGGACGACAAAAAACUCAUCGAGAUAAGCAAAAAGUACAACAAGAGUCCCGCUCAGAUCCUCAUUCGUUAUCAACUCGACAGAGGUCACGUUGUCAUUCCCAAGUCCGUUACGAAAUCGCGAAUCCUCGAGAAUAGUCAGGUCUUUGAUUUCAAGCUAUCAAAAGAAGACAUUGAUUACAUCGAUACGUUCGAUUGCAACGGCCGAAUUUGUCCCAUGACAGGGUGCGAAUCGAGCCCACACUACCCUUUCAACAUUCCAUUUUAAGCUGAGCUGAAAAUAAAAUUGUUAUCUAUAAUUUUACAUUCUAUAAUUAUUACCAUCAAUAAAACGUUGAGGUCUUUAAAUUUGUA